GCCAAUUCUCGCGAGCUAGGCUCGCUGCGCGCGCUAGUUUACAAUCGUGUUGUUGGCAUAAUGGCGGAGGAUGAGGGAGAUACUUGACAAGGUUUGUGCAAUUUUAGGUCCGGUGGCAUACCAUGGACACUAGGCACAAACAGCUCCAUGACCGGGCCAAUGAUUUAUUUUCGCGGCAACAGUACCAGCAGGCUGCAGAGCUUUUCACCCAAGCUCUGCAGCAGCUAGCCACAACUUCCUCAUGGGGGGACAGCAGCAACAGCCGCAGCAGCAGCAACACCAAACAACAGACCCCACAACAGCAGCAACAUCUAACAAGUAGCAGUCCCAGACACAGUAAUAACAGCCAAACGCAGCAGAACAACCACAAUUCAACCAACCCCCACCAUCAGCCUCGAGAUCUCCACCUCUCCUGCCUCAAUAAACGUGCCACCUGCUUCCUCAAGUUGGAUCAAAAUGAAAAAGCCCUAGAUGACAUCAACAAGUUAUUAUCCAUGUCCCCAACCAGAAGUAGCCUAGGUAAAUUAUUAAUGCGCAAAACCCAAGCCCUCAGCAAGCUACGCAAGACCCAAGAAGCCUACGAAACAGCAAAACAGUGGACCUCCGCAGAACCAAAGAAUGGCCAAGCAUCUAAAGAAGUAAACAGACUAAAGAAAUUACUUGAUGAAAAGACAGAGAACCCAUCAACUAGUAGAAACACAUCAGCAAGAGACAAGAAUGGGACGGAAGCGUCAUUACACCCCUCUCAGUCAAGUGGAAGAGGCCAAGGAGCCAGUGGUGGUAGUGCUAGCUCGGCCUCCUCCUCUCAUCACCAGAGGGGUAAACGCAAACCAGCAUCUGAGGGAAAGCAUAAAAAAGAUGCCAGUAAGCAAGAGAAUUCUGAAAACUUCUGUUCCUAUUGUCAAGUGCAAUGUUCAACCCAGGUGGAUUUCCAUCUCCAUAGUAUGAGUGAGAGUCACAGAGCUAUCAUAUCAUCAGACGAAGGGCGGGAUUGGAAGCAUAGACCGCCACCUAGGGGUGCCGUGGGGGAGGAAUACGUCCUCUGUGCUGAUCGUCUGAAAUGCCGGUUUGGUCAACAAUGUCCAUACGCCCAUAGUGAGGAUGAAUUAGCCGAGUGGAAGGAACGCUACAGGUAUAGGCAGAUGAAAUACCAACGAGCGAGGGACAAACAGAUACAUGGAAUGAGUUUUGCAGAGCAACUUUUUGAGAAGUGGAUGAAUUCACCAGCUCCUCUCAAUGUGCUCAGUGAAUCAAUUGAUGAUGUGAAGGUUAGCAUCAAUUCUGAAUCCAAUGUCACAGUAUCAAGUAAGAACACGGCACAUUCCUGGAUCUUCACACUACAUUGUAAGCCUAGCAAACAGCUCCAACGAGUGGCUCUCUUCUUCGACGUCCACCGACCGCACUUCAGCAUCGCCAGCAUCCUGAUGGGUGACUCCAAGCGUCAGAGCUCCCAGGAUAUACCGGAGAAUUGUCAAGAGUGGAGCAGCAAGAUGAGCUCCCACAACAACAACAACAUCAACCCUUACAACAGCGCAAAGUCCAAAGAGCGCAUCUACCGGGUCAAGAUCCAGUUCACCUCGCAGAUCUUCGGCACGUUCCGUCAGUCGGUCGUCUUUGACUUUGGCACCGAGCCGGUGCUGAUGAAGAGGAUCUCUGUGGACUCGGUGUCCGCCAUGGACCAGAAGGAGCUGGAGGAGGUGAGGGAAUCCAUGAUGUGUGUGACGGAGCGCUGGGACGGAACCAACAAGACGGUGGUGAACUUCAGUCCGCCUAUCCAGAUGGGGACAGAGGAGGAUAAAGGUCUACUUUCGUUCUACAUCCCUCCGCACUCGACGGAAGAGCUCUUCAAACGCUCGGUAUUGGAGAAGACAAUCACCAAGAAUAACUACAAGAACAGGAUGCAUGAUCUGCUCUACAUUGAGGAGACAGCCAGGUUUAGAGAUAUCAGCAAGUUCAACAUCAGGACAACACUUCAGAUGGCCACCACCUUCAUGCUGGUGCCGUCACGGAACAGCGGUGCCCGUUACGCUCAGGAUGGCCAGCUCUUCGCCCUCAUGCACCUCAACGACGACCUAUCCGACGACACUCCAGGUGGCCGGCUGAUCCUCAACAGCUGCAGUUCUGUGCUCCUGGCCCCCGUCCAGGACGGGAAGACAACGGAGAAGGUCUAUGAAGCACCUAUCACAGAGAAGAGCAAGGACUCUAUCUACAUGACCCUGAGUAAGGAGUGUGUUGAUGACCUGAAGUUGAAGAACAACUCGCAGAUCAGAGUGGAGUUACAAUUCCAGCUCAGUAGAUUACACCUGUGUGAAAUGCACUAUGCAGUGGACAAGGUCCCAGAUAUGAGCCUUCUCUUCCCUGAUGUGCGUUCCAAUGCCAAAAUUCCAUGGACCCCAAACAAGCAAUGGAGUGAUAAGAUGGACAUGCAGAUGAACAGCAAACAGAGAGAAGCCAUCGUUGCCAUGACGACACCUCUAGUCCAUCAACUUCCUCCAAUCUUCCUUGUUGGUCCCUAUGGCACUGGAAAGACCUACACUCUGGCCCAUGCAACCAGGCUCAUCCUGCAACAGCCCAAGACAAGGAUACUUAUCUGCACCCACUCCAACAGUGCCGCAGACCUAUACAUCAGAGACUACUUCCACUCCUUUGUGGAGUCUGGUAACACCGCUGCCAAGCCCCUGAGGAUCUAUUUCAAGGACCGAUGGGUGCCGACGGUGCACCCUGUGGUGCGUCUCUACUGCUGCAUGUCUGAGGGGGAGGACCGGUUUGUCAUGCCUACCAAGGAACAGGUGGAAAAGCAUCGGGUGGUGGUUGCCACACUCAGUACCUCAAGAUUUCUGACCCACCUGGAGCUAGACCAAGAUUACUUCACUCACAUCCUACUGGAUGAAGCAGCUCAAGCCAUGGAGUGUGAGACAGUGAUGCCCCUAGCCCUCGCGACCAAAAAUACCAGGAUUGUUCUGGCAGGAGAUUACAUGCAGAUCAGCCCGCAAGUGCACAGUGAAUUUGUCUAUGAUCGUAAACUCCACAUCUCAUUGCUGGAGCGUCUCUACGACCAUUACCCCGACACCCAUCCCUGCAAGAUCCUUCUGUGUGCCAACUACCGCUCUCAUGAUGCCAUCGUGGACUACACCUCGGAUCUGUUCUACGACGGGAAGCUCUUGGCGUCUGGGAAGCAGCCUCCGCAUCCUAAGUGGUACCCACUGACGUUCUUCACUGCCAGGGGUGAGGAUGUCCAGGAAAAGAACAGUAUCUCCUUCUACAACAAUGCAGAGGUGUUUGAACUGUGUGACCGAGUGCAAGAGCUUCAGAAGACAUGGCCAGAGGAAUGGGGGACGUGUGAUGAGAACAGCAUCGGAGUGGUAGCUCACUACUCAGAUCAGGUCUUCAGAAUCAGACAUGAGCUACGGAAGAGAAAACUCUUCAAUGUGUCCGUUGAGAGAGUUAUGAACGUCCAAGGCAAGCAGUUCCGAGCCCUAUUCAUCAGUACAGUACGAACACACCACACCUGUAAGCACAUGGUCAAAGCCCAACCUGCCAAGAAGUCUAACGCCUCGUCCAAGUCUUCUAAAGACCUUCCUCAGUCAUCGAGUGAAGAUGAACCAGACUAUGGCUUUCUGUCCAAUGACAAGCUCCUGAACACUGCUAUCACCAGAGCUCAGUCUCUUGUGGCUGUGGUCGGGGAUCCCAUCUCUGCAUGCUCAAUCGGCAAGUGCAGGAAACUCUGGGAGAAAUUUAUCUCCAUGUGCAAUGACAACAACAGUCUCCAUGGAUGUACGUUCUCCUCCAUCCAGAAUCAGCUCUCCAAUGUGGAGAUGAAGAAGACCUAUGUCCUGAAUCCUUUAGCAAAGGAAUUCAUCCCUCGAGCAAUGCGCAACCAGAUGAUGGGGGUGCCUUUCAUCCAGGGAUCACCUGCCCAAGGUAUAGCGACCAUCAACCAUAACCUACAUCGGUCAGUUCUGUCACCAAGUCACACACCAACCCCUCCCGUUCCAGGAAACCAGCCUUUGCCUUUCUUCGGAGGGGUUGGUGCCAUACCAAGUGGAAACAUGGUGAGGCCAGCGAGUCCUGUGCCUUUGAUUGAUCCGUACACUGGACGGCGUGUUGUCUAUAUGCCUAUGAUGCAUAUGCCAGUGCCUGUCAGGAUGGUUCCUAAUGCUUAUUACCCAUUCCCUCAGUACCCAUACAUGGAACCUGCCGUGCCUUACCACCCUCAGUUUAUGCAUCAAGGAGGAUUUAUGAUCCCCCAAGGGGUGAAACAUCCGCAUGGGCAACCAGGUUCACCUGCUCACCAGUCAGCUCAAGACAAGUCUCAGGGAUCUGCAUUCAAGGAGGCAUCAGCAUCCUCAUCUACGAUGCAUCCAGGCACCACCCACAGAAUUGCCCCUGGCUCUCCAGCAAGAGACCCAAGGCCAAUGAGCUUACCCAUUGGACAGUUUGAUUCUAGUAAAAGCCAACAUGAGAGACAGGAAGUAGUGGCUAAGAUAGAGGAGAUGCAGAUCAAUGAGGAAUAUCAAUAUUUGUUGAGGACAAGAGGACAAACCUAUGCAGACAACUUCCUGGCUAAUGUUAAGAGGUCGCAAUCACCAAAGGUUGGUCCUGGAAGACCGAAAAGUGACACUGCACCUCAAUCAAAGGUAUCUCAACAGCAGCAGGGGCAACAAAGCCAAUCUUUGUACACAGACAAGACUGAAGCCAUUGGAGCUAGUGGACACCAGCUUCCCUUUAGCAGAAAUUCCAACCACUGGAAUACAUCAUCAGAGAUUAACCAAUCUAACAGAGACCCCUGGCCCUCAAGGUCAAAGUCACACAAUCCAAGGGAUACCCUGGACUCGACAGGGAAUCAGCCUAGGAUUUGUGAUCCUGCAAUCAUUGACCAGGGCCCAGCCUUCAGUAAGAAUCAACCAGGGCAUAGGAUGCCAUUCAGUCCCCUGGAGAUGCCACCCAAUGUGUUUGUAGACUCCCAUAUGCCUCCUUACCAUGACCAUGAGGCCGAACACCAGAGAGAUUUCUCAGUGCAACCAAGUGACCUUAGCCCUCGCACUCCUGCCAACUUCAUGGAUGCAAGUCCUGGCCUAAGCCCUCUGGAGCUGGCAAUUCAGUUGGGAGAUGCGAAAGGCAGUUUCCUUGGAAAACCACAGGGCAAGUCCUUCACAUUCAAUGGAACAAGUUCAUUGACUUCUCCAAGAGAUGAUCCCAACCACCUUGCACCCCCCAACUCCCAGACAAGCUUUGGACAUCAGCCAAUGCUUGGAAAAGAGCAUACCUUCAGACCAGUCAGCAAGGAUGACAGAUCAACAAGUCCCCUCGGUGCUGCUCCUCCAGUUGGGCACCAGAGAUGGCCACAGUCUUCUAUGAGCAACAACUUCUCAAGCACGCUCUCUCCUCAACAUCAUCAGCAAGAGUACAACAACUUUCCACAGUCGCAGGGUCUCCAGAACUUCAGUCCUACGACUCCCAGCUUGUCUAGUCAAGAGAGCCUCCCGAGCCCUUCAUCGCCAUAUGGGCAAGGUAGUACCAGUAGUCUUCUUGGCUUGUCCAGUAGCCCUACCAACUUCAAGGAUGACAGUAAGCCAUCAAUGUCUUAUGCCAGUGCUCUUAGAGCACCUCCAAAGCCUAAGGUUCGAGCUAAAGAUGAGAGAACAAAAACUGCAUCCCCUGAUCCCUUGUCCCUGAUUAAAGAUCUUGGUAACAGGCAAACAAAAGAUGGCUUUUACUCUAUCUUCUAAAGCUCCUUAUGUGACAUGGAUGGCAUUUUUGAUAAGUAUACCACUUUCUGAUUUUUGACUUUGUAUUGGUUUUAGUUUGGCAAUUUAUCACAAGUAUCACUAACAGAAGUCUCUUUUUGUGUUAUUUUAUUUUGGCAAUCAAACGAUGCAUUAUAUUGCUGUUUCAUUGAUGAUUUCAUUUAAAACAAAAUCAGGAUGCAUAUCAGUGAUGCAUAUAAAACAUGUAUGUAAUCUAUUGUUUUGAUGACAAUUUUAUUUUGGAAUGAUGAAGAAUAAAGGUUAGUUUUUAUCAAGAUGCUUCAUACAUGUAGAAGAAAUGUUUUUAAUGAAUAGUCAUUCCAUACUUCUUGAUUGAUUUUCUAAAUGCCAUUCAAGUCACAUUCACAUUUACAUCUUUGCAUAAAUCUGCAAUAGAACCUAUUCUUGACAUUGACCUUUUGGCAUUCCAUACUAUGGGGAAUCCCCCAUCAUUUUGUGCUGGUUCAUUUUCUUCUCCAUGCAUAAUGAGUACAUUCUAGUGUACAUACAUUUUCUACUACACAUAGUUAAAAAAGCAAAACAAAUCUAGCAUUCCAGUUGCAAUAUUGCAGUUCCAUUGCCCAAGGGUAUUUGUGUAUGAAUAUUUCUUCCCUUAAAAAAAAGAAGCAAAAAUCAUGCAUGAUAAAAGUAUAUGCUGUGUUUUAACAUUGUUCAUACAGUACAAAAAGUGAUUUCAAUUCUAUCAUGGUGGAAAUUGUGAUCGAUUUUAAAUUUCAUUGGUUUGAUAAUUUUUUUUGUGAAGUGUUAAAGCAAUCAGAUUUUAUUAAUGGCUUGGUUUCAGACUUUCAGAGUGUGAUUAAUAUGAGAUGUAGGUUGCUAGGGUGAAUAUAAUGAUCUUAUUCAGUGAGCUGACUGUUCAUAUGAAGCAUACUGGACAAGACAUUAUAGUAGUUAACCUUCUCUCUCGAGAAAAAACCUCUUUGUGAUGAAAUUUGAGAUGGAAAGGUGCAAGAAAAUUAGUGUCAAAGGUUUGUUUUUAUACAGUGUGAGUCAAUUCCUUUUUUGUUACUGGCAACCAGAAAUCAAUAUCUGGUAUCAGCCAUUUUUUAAUAUUUUUUUUGAGAAAAGAGAGAUGUCCGAUAUAUACAAUGAAUUUAAUUGCCUGCUUUGCUUAUAAUGAGGGAUUCAGCAGAUUUUCUACUGCUUGGCAUGUAAUAUAGUUUAAUUUUUUGUCAUGGUGAAGUCGAUGAUUGUAAAAUUCAAAGUGAUGAAGGUAUAUGUCCCUUUUUGGCCAUUCUAGAAUGCAGUGUUUAAGUAUCGAUGGUCAUUGCCUAUACUAGUCAUGGAUUGUUAGUCAUUUUUUGCUUCAAGUGAAAUUAAUAUUUUCAUCUGCUGCUAAGUCAUGCUUGAUUUGAUAUCUUGUGAAAACUUGUUUUGCAUUUGCUUGGUCAGAAUUUGAUUGCUUGUUUCUUGUAUAUCCAGAGAAGAAAAAACAAUAAUUGAAAAAAAAUGAAUAAAAAAAAUGAAAAAUACAAAAACAUUAGAUUAGCAUGUUUGUAGGAUUUAUUAUGUAGUGACUCAGUACGGUGUACAUAGAUGUAGAGUGAUUUAAUUUGUACAGACACUGUUCAUAGUAACCUAACUUUAGAUUGUACGUUUAGCUUCCGAUAAAUUGUGUGAAUAGCAUGAUGUCUUGAUAUCAACAAAGAGGUGUAAAUUUAAAUUUUGCAAUCUUUUUCUGGGUGAGAUAGCAAGAUGCUUAUUGUAUUUCAUUAUAAUAUGUAUCUCACCUCCAUUUAUACAUUAUGUCAUACAUACAUACAUGAUAGAAUGAUUGUACUCUGUAGAUAUAUAUACUUGUACCUUCCUAUAAAAGCUAUCUUGUCUAUAUUGUAAAUAGAAAUUUGGCUUAAAAAUAAUCAAUAUUUUGACAUCUGAAGCUUACUGUUAGACAAGAAGACUUAUCAAAUUUAUAUAUUAUUCAUAGGAUUUGACCAAAAGUGUUACACUCUGUUCAAAAGUCACAUUCCUGUAGAAAAAAAAAAUAAAGAAAGAAAAUAUGCCUUUGCUGUGAAACUCCUAGUUACAAUGUAAAUUUUACCCUUGUAUGGGGAUGCUAUAGUAGGAUUGUUUUUUGCUAUAUGCUUUAAAGAGAAACAUAAGCAAUAUAUUAAGUCAUUUCAAACAAAAUAAUUGGAUAAAGUUUAUUCUCAGGGUAAUUUCUGUAUUGAUUGUUAGGUACCAUGAUGCCCAUGUGAGAAAUGUAAAUAAUUCUACUGAAAGUUUUAUUUAAAGAUGAUCACAGUUAAAAAUCAUGUACAUUUACUUGGGGUUCUCCAAUGUGUGGAUGUCGAUGACAGGAUGUUACGAAUCCUGGCGUGUAACAGAUAUUGAUGGAAAUUUACCACUGACCUUAAACAGUAUGUAUUCUGUGCGGUAUAAUCUAUGAACUCCUUAUUUUUAUUUGUGGAUUUAAAAGUAUUGGUUGAUUAAUUGGGAUUGCCAAUUUCAAUGACCGAGCUCAAUUUAGACAAAACUUAGCGAUUGAUCACAGGGCAUGAUUAUAUGCUUGAUGGUAUUGGUCAUUUUGUACAAUCAGUGGUACAAAUCAAUUAUAUGAUCCAUUUUUUUGUGUUGUGUAGUCAGGCCUUUGAGUUCAACUACCACUGGACCAGAUAAAAUUGUUUGAUCAUCACACUUUUUCACUCCAUUGCUGUAAAUAAAGCACUGGUUUUUCUACUCUGCACGAUUCCUUUCAUAGGGAAAUAAAAAAUAUGUACAGAUUCACUCGAAGGAUAUUCUUAAACAUGGGUAGCUGUUCUUCAAAAGAAAUAUAUAUAUAAAGCACUGGUGACAUUUAAUUUUACGCACAUUGUAAAUAUACCAGUAUAGCUGUAUAUAACCUUUUCCCUUUUUGUGCUAGUCCAGAUAUAUUUCUAAACUAUAUUUUCUGUAAAUAGUUCACCCGUAACCUGUCAAACUGUAUAGCAAUACAGAGCAUGUGUUUUCCUUUGAUAGAUAGGGAUUACCA